AUGCAGAGUUUAUCUAUUUCUUCCAUAUUAGGUCUGAAUGAGGUUCGUCCUGUGGUGUAUCGCGCUGCACUGAAGCUCCGCUCAUUACAGAAACUGUGUCAAAUGCACCUGGUGACACUGCAGCAUCUGCAUCCAGUUUUAAAUACUCUAAACAGAUCUGGAGAUCCAAUGGUUAGACUUUCUCAGGAGGAUGUACAACAGAGUCUUCAACGGUUAUUUCAGAACAUUUCAGAGGAACUAUCUGGUCAAGCCGUACGUGAAGCCACAGAUCAAACCACCAGACUCCUCUUUAAGCUGUUUGACAGAGAGCAGACUGGUGUUAUCCUGCUCCGGUCAGUGGAGGCGGCAUUGAUCGCUCUUUCUGGAGACACUCUUACAGCUAAACAUAGAGGUCUGUACCAUGUUUACUUACACAAUGAUUACAUUGGGAAUCAGGAUAGUGACAGUGGCACUAUCAGUCGAACUGGACUCAGAGUCUUGCUGGAUGACCUCAGUCAGGUUCCAGCAGCGGUUCAAGAGAACCAUGUGUUUGGUCAUGUUGAUACUGCAGUGGCCUCCUGUUUUAAUGGGGUAAUCGAUGUAAGUGUGACCGAAGAACAUUUUCUCAGCUGGCUACAGUCAGAACCUCGUCUGUUGUUGUGGCUCUCCACUCUUUACAGACUCUCAGUGAGUGAGACUGUACAUCAUAGAGUUCGCUGUCACACAUGUAAAGCAUUUCCCAUCACUGGCCUCAGGUAUCGCUGUCUGAAGUGUCUGAACACACAUCUCUGCCAGAGCUGCUUUUUAACCUAGAGAGGCAGCAAGAAGCACAAACCCUCCCAUCCCAUACUGGAAUACUGCACACAGCCGUCAUGGAAAGAGUCAGUGACAUCACUGGCCUCCAGUGCUCGACGUGCUUUGCUUCCUCGACAUCACACCCGGAGAGACGCAGAGAGGACACAGAGAGCUCUGAGAGCAGGAUCCAGCGCUGAGCUGCAAUACAUUGCACCUACUCCAGUUCAGCAGCCAGUAGAAGCUCCAGACACACCAGGAGGAUCUGAAUCAGGCGUGACCGCUGCCCCUGUUAAAGAAACGUCUAUUCUCCAAAAAGACCUCAGUGUUACCCAGAAAGCCAUGAGAGAGAUGCAGAGAGACAAGUGGCUCCUGGAGAAAGAGUUUCAGGUAUGGAGAGUUGCGGCCCAGUCAGAGCAUGAUUCACUGGGGGACAAAUGCACCGAGUUGAAGACCAUGGUGGAGGCGCUGAGCCAACAUAACCAACAUCUGGAGGAUGAACUAGACAGAGUCAGACAUGUGUUGAGUCUGAGGGACCGAAAUGAUCUCGCAAUCAAUUUGGAUUCUCAUGUAAAUCUUCCUCAACAAGAUGAUGACCACAUCAGUGAGAAUGAAUGGACCCCACCUCGUGACAUCUCCAGUGAAAAGGAAGAGCUUGAAGACGAGAGAAAUGGCCAUUGGGAACACGUAAUAGAUCUGGGAAGUAAAGAAGUGAAGCAGGGGACUGUUUAUGCGGUAUCGGAAGACAUCUGCACAAAUCUGGAUGACACAGACAGCGUCUUGAUGCAGGAACUGCAUACGGUUACUGAGGAGGUAGAGGGGGAGGGGCUAGAGGAGGAGCUAUUGCAUGAACGACAGGAUCUUUCUGUACAUCAGCCAGGAAUCUAUGCUUUUGCACUGAAAGAACAUUCUGUCUCAGAUGACUCAGACACAGAAGAGGAACUCUGUGAACUUGUACAGCGACUGAGAAAUGAGCUCUCUUUGUGCACACCCACAGGAUCUGUCUGUAUGGAGAAAGAGAUGCUGAUGAUGGCAGCAGAGGGAAUCAGAGACUCUGUUUCUCAUCUAGUCGCCUCAGUUUCCGAUAGCUUGGCAUAAAGGCAACCGAUAACAUUGCAAAAUCCCAAAUUCCCAUACAUUGGGCAACCAUUAAAAUCUAAAAUUCAUUUUAGUUCAUAAAAAUAGAAAAUGUUGAAAACAUUUUAUUUAUCUUAUAAGCAUAUCAUUUUAGGAUUUCAUGUUAACGAACAUUAUUUAAAGGUUGUUGGUUUUAAUAUACAUAUUAUUUCUAUCUAAAUUCUAUAUUCACAAGUGCAGAUUUAUGAAUGGCAAGCUUUUGUUUACAACACUUGAAAAGGAGAUUAAAAUGUGCAUAGAUGUAAUGUCUAAAUCUAAAAACAAUAAAGCCGUCAAAACAACAUUUGUAUUUUAAAUAAAUGUAUAUCUGUUUGUAACUGUUUAAUUUGUAACCUCUCUUUGUUCUUUCGUGUUUUUUUCAUUUUUGAUGGUGCUUUUUGUUUUGUUGAUAAAUUUUUAAUAUAAAUAAAUAAAUAAUAGUUUUUGCUAUAUAUUUUGUAUUGAAUUAUUAGUGCAAAUAAAGGUUAAAAAAUUACGUUCAUAAAAAUUGUAAAUGCUUACAGCAGACUAUUGAUGUUUGACCAACUCAUGAUAAUUUAAUGAAAUCUUAAAAAAAUUCUUUUUUUCCAAAAUGUGUAUGAUUUUACAAUGUUUAACAGCAUAGCAUGUUCUGAACUGGCAA